AUGUACACAGAAUCUGCUGAAUCUCAGGACAGUCAUUAUCACUAUUUGAUGCGAGGCGCUCCGUCCGUUCGGGCUUACAGUAAAAUUCAGCUGGGCGAUGAAUCAGACGAUAGCCCGGUCAUAGCCUAUGUAUGGAUAGAGAGGCGCAAUGGAGCCGGAAAGUUUAGCAGGGGUGUAAGCAUCACACUUGCCGUAACAUGGCUACUGGCUUCCUUUUUAUCAGACGCCUAUCUCCGGCGUGUAAUUUGCAAUUUUGAUAGUACCAAACAGGAUUUUGACCUAGCAGCGGGUGCGUUGGUCGUAUCUCUAUAUCACAUCAAGUGCUUGAGUUGCACCGAAUGUACCACCGACCAACAGUCAUGGAAUGCGAAAAAGCUACGAAGGAAAGAGAAAGCUCGCUUGAAAAUUAAAAAUCCAAUAAUUGAUUCAGCAUGGAAGCAUGGACUUUCAGUAAAAUCGAACUUCAACCGUUUGGGUAUCGCUUACGAUCCUAAUGAGGUGCUAAAGAUUUCCAGCCGACAAUUUUUCAAAGGUACCACAGAUAGUGUACCAAAGGUACAAAAAAAGACGAAAGUGGUUAUGGCCCUCGAGGAAGCCGCUAAGCAUGCAAAAACAAAGCCUACGUAUCAAUCUGAAGACAAUCAGCUUUUCUGCAUGUAUAAUAUGGAAGUCCAUGGCACAGAUUUUUUGGCAAUGAGCAGAGAUCCGAAAAAUGUGUACCAGCUCACUCCGAAGCAACUACAACGAUUGAUUGGCAAAUUCAAAAAGACCCCGGGCUAUCAGCAAUAUUUAUCCCAAAAGGAAACAGGGACUUUCAGCGUUGCAGAUGUUUACGAUAUUUCAGAUCCCGUUCAUCUUGCAUCGAUGUUGUUCGAAAUAUUUGCGCAUCGGCGUGUGCCAACAGCCUCAGGUAUCUCGGAAUCUAUCUUCAAGCCUCGACACCCGGUCUACCCGAUCGUUGUUAAUGUUCGCACUCUGAAGGAAGCAGGACAACACGCUUCUGAUCUUAAGCUGAACUCACUUGCAUCCAUGUGUGCUGUUUACAAGAAAAGAACUCGAGAUGCAAGCACAGUAGUUCGACUGAUUGCCAUACCAGUCUUCAUUUGCUUUCGAAUACGGUACUCAGAUACCGCUGCGGCAGAUUCUACAGAGGUCGGUUUUGUCCUAAGUCACCUUGGUUGA